CAGACAUUGGGUGUCUUCUGGGUGAGAAACUCAGUGAAGACGUCACUAGCAUGAGAUGCUGGAACUGGAAAGGAUCCGCUAAGGGCAUUGUGUUUCCAUUCAUCUCCUCCACUGGGAACAACGAUCUCAUUGUUCAUGAUGACUACGUCCGAAAAAGUGAGAUGAACGAUGAAAGAGUCGAUCUAAUCAUUGAGCUGUACAGGAAGAAGCAUGACUGGAGUAAGCAUGAAUGGGCCUAUCAGGAAACUGUACAAUCAUUUGAGUCUAGUUCUGCCGGAGAUGUAUCAGAGCAAGAGAAGGUAGGAGAAACUGGUGAGAAUGGAGACGCAGAAGAAGUUGAUAGCACUCAUGUAUCUGCUAAAAGAAAGGGAAAAAGAGAGUUUAAGGAUGUUGGUGUUGAGUCCAGGAAGAAGAAGCUGCUUUACCAAAGAUCGACAGAUAAAUAUCACGAUAUGAUGGAGGAAAUGAAGUCUUAUAUUCAUGGUAUGUUUAAGUCUUCGUUUAUUGAAUUGGAGAAGCUGCUAGUUCAGACUAUGGAGGAUAGGAAUACCAGAUUUGAGGAGAAGGUCAUGUCAUUACUAAUGACUCGUGUAAUGGGGCCUGAUGCGGCAUUGGGUGUACCUGCUUCCCCUUUCACUGCACCUGUUGUGACUUUCACUGCACCAUCAGCGGUUUUCACUGCACCUGCUGCUGCUUUCACUACACCCACUCCAGAUCCAGCUCAGUCUACUGCACCUUUCACUGCACCUGCUGCUGCUUUCACUACACCAACUCCAGCUCCAACUCAGUCUACUGCACCAGCAGCUUCUCGCAAAGGAGCUCCUUCUACCAUUGGUGGUCCCGCAAAUGCUGCUAAGACAAGACCACUGCAGAUUGGACCAUCCAAGUAUGACCUUGCGUUAUCUUCUCGUGUAAUGGGGCCUGAUCAGUGGUUUAAGAACUAUAGAAAAUCGGAGAAUCAUCUGUUCAAAUGGAUUGAUGAAGCCCUCCUUGACGAGAUAAGGUCAGUAGAUGCGAAACAAGAUAGGGUAGCUCGAAAUCUUGCAAAGUUUGAAGAAAUUCUUAGUGAAACUGUCAAGUCUGAGCGUGUUAUAGCUGAACAUGAGAUGACACAGAAGCUGAAAGAAGUGGUGAAUUUGGAGGUUGCUAGAGUUGAGAGAGAUCUGGCCGAAAAAGUGAAUGAGAAGGUCAAGAUAGAGUUUGUUAGGUUGCAAAACGAGAUGAAGAAGAAGGUGAAGCUUGCGACAAUGGCCAUGGUAGUUGUUGGAGCAAUCGUUGGGAUAUGGACUGCUUUUUGA